GAGGAGGAGGCCGUGUCGCCGAAGUCUGAGAGGCGGAGCGAAGGCAAAAUUUAGGGGCGGGGCGAGCUCUGAGUUCGAAAGGAGGCCCCAGAAUGGGUCUUCUCUGCUGGCUCAGAUGGUGAAGAAAUCUGCCUGCAAUGCAGACGGCACCGAUUCGAUCCCUGGGUCGGGAAGAUCCCCUGGAGAAGGGAGUGGCUACCCACUCUAGUAUUCUUGCCAGGAGAACUCCAUGGACAGAGGAGCCUGAAGGGCUGCAGUCCAUGGGGUCGCUAAGAAUCGGCAACGACUGAGCGACGAACACUUUCCUUCACUUCCCAGAAUGGGUGCAGGUCGCAGCGGGACUGGACUGGAAUGAGGUUGAAGUGGGAGUCAGGAAGUGAGAGUCAGGGAAAUAGAGAGGAGUGGAAGGAGCGGAUCCAGGACUUUCUCCGGCAGCUCAAGGGCCGAGUGGCCCGGGAGGCCAUUCAGAGGAUACAUUCAGGUGGCCCAAAGGGUCCAAGGCGCUGGGAAACACAGACCCCAGCCCCCAUCGAGGUGUGGAUGGAUCUGGCUGAGAAGGUAACAGGCCCACUGGAGGAGGCGCUUACUGUGGCUUUCUCACAGGUGCUCGCCAUCGCUGCCACAGAGCCCGUCAGCCUCCUGCACUCAGUGCCCUCCAAGCCUACGCAGGCUUGUGGAAAGCCACUGCUCCUCAGCGCCCCUGGAGGACAGGAGGACCUGAGUCCUGAGGCUUCCAGCCCCACUCCCGAGGCCCCCGGAGGGCGUGAGGUUCCUGGCUCUGCCCCCAAGACGCAAGGCCCUGCUCCUGAGGCAUCCUCCGAGUCCCUGGCUGGCCAGUCUGCUGAGGGAGACUUUUCUGUGGACUUCGAAAAGAUCUACACGUACCUAUCAUCCGUCUCCCGUGGUGGCCAGGGCCCUGAGCUUUCCGCAGCUGAGUCUGCUGUGGUCCUUGACCUGCUCAUGGCGCUUCCUGAGGAGUUGUCCCGUCUGCCCUGCGCCACCCUGGUUCAACACAUGUCGGGUAUGUACCGACACCUGACGGCCCCCCAGCGCGACCUUGCCAUUGGGGGCCUGGCGUCGGGAACUGAGGAUAGUGGGGCAGGUUCCAGGGGUCAGGAGGAGACUGGCCAGGCCCGCUCUCAGGCCCCCGAGAAUGCUGGCUCCAGCCAGCCCAUAUCCUCUUGGCAAGCAGCUGGGGUGUGCCCCCUGAACCCGUUCCUGGUACCCUUGGAGCUUCUGGGCCAGGUGGCAAGGUAGAGGCCUGGCAGGCAGGGGACACGCCAGACCUCAGUGAGCCCCAGACCCUCAAUCCUGCUUGGUCUGGCCCUGGAUUGUCAUGAGGAUCUUGCCACGGUGGAAGGUCCCUGAGCCAAUGUGCAGUGGCCUUAACAUGCUUGAUGCAGUGGGGGUCUCCGAGACAAAGCCCAGUUGUACAAGGAGGGGUUCAGCCACAGAACUGGCUAGCUUAACACCACCAUCAAAUAUUUCCACCACUGGUUCCUCAUCCCUUCCGAAGCCCAGUAUCCUGUUUCCUGUAACAGUGAAUAAAGUUCUUGUCAAUCCCCCUGAA